GGCGCCUGUAGUAAUUAUUUAGUCAUCGAUAGUGAUCAGUGCGAAGACGCAGAUAAUCUCUACGGAUUGGACACGACUUUCUGCAGUGGAGUAAUUAUUCAUAAAUAAUUCUCUUGGUCAAGUCAUCCGGUACCUAAUUGCAUUAGCUCGUUAAUUUGCCACGUUAAACGCGUAAGUCGUUCUUAGAUAUUGGAGCUGCUAACGUGCAAAUUCUAGCUGUAAGAUUAUAAAAAUCUAAAACGGGACUUUAACAAAAAUCCGUUUCCGUGACUGCUUUAAGCGAAGCAGCCACAGUGCGCAUCGAUAGUGUCAACUGUGAAUUGUAAAAAUUGAUGAAAUAACAGACGCGGGCCUUACUUGAACUUGAGUGUCUUUAAAAGUAAAAUGUCGAACGACGAAAAAGUCUUAACAGGCUAUUCUCAAAUUGAAAAAACGGAGUUUACUUUCAAAUGGGUAAUAAGCGACUGCCUAUUGAUUUUAGAAAGCGGAAACGGUAGUAUAAAGUCGCCGAUAUUUCACAAAAACGGUGAUGAUGAUACAAAGUUUCGAUUGCAACUCCAAAAAUGCUCAUAUAGUAGUAAUUCUAAUCAAUGCCUUGAAUAUAGACAUUUGUCUCUAUUGAACAUACUCAGGUUUACAAAUUCGUUAUGCCAGUACAAGAUAGCGAUACUCAAGGAUGACCAAGUUAUUGAAACUUAUACGGAAGAUCCAUAUUCCACGAGUUGCCGUGAAAAAGAGAUUUUCAAUAUUACUAUAGAUGAUUUUAAAAAAUUCAUUUCAUCUACAGGUACCAUAGUUAUUCGUUGCGAAUUGAAAAUUUCCGCGGGAUCUCAAAAGAACUCGCUGAACUAUGAAUCUGUGGAUGUGAAUGAAGUGCCGGAGACAAAAUUAAAAUUCGACUGGAUACUUCUUGACGAAAAUUUGAGUGAUAUUAAACUAAAAACUGCAUGUGGAAAGAAAAUUCCGGCGCACAGAAUCAUGCUCGCUACUGCCAGUCCUGUAUUCAGAGCCAUGUUCAACCACGAUAUGUUGGAAAACAAAAGUGAAAUAGUUGAUAUGAUCGAUGUCAGUCAUGACUCUGCAGUUGAGAUGCUGCGAUACAUCUACACAAGCACUGUCGAGACUCAAGAAUUUUGUAAGACCGCUGAACUUUUGGUGGCUGCUGACAAGUAUCAACUUGAAGAGUUGAAAAAUAAGUGCGAACAAAUAUUGAUCUCCAAUAUAUCUGCUAAAAAUGCGAUAGAGGCUCUUACCAUAGCUGUAAAUUACAAUUUGAGUUGUUUGAAAAAAAAUGCAAUCAAUUUAAUUAAGCGUAUAAUUAAUGGACCUACCGUUUCUGAUGAUUUCGGUACUAUGAUUCUUAAAAUGGCACAAUUUUUAUCGGAAUAAUCUGAAAAAUUGAUUGAGUACUUCAUAAAUUUUACAUUUAUUUACAUUUUUUUAUUGCGUAUAAAAAUAUACCGCUGAUCCUUAGAAAAUCAUUAGACUGACAGUUAAAUUUAAUAAGUUGAUUUGCAACGAUUCAAAUUACGAUACGCUUUUUUACUUGGUAACUCAUUGCGGCGAA